AUGAUGGCACAACGGCGGGCACUUCCCACGGUGAAGCCGAGGCAAGUUCGGGAACUGCGUGCGGCUGUGGUUCCUCCUGGAUCCCGAGGACCGCUGGCCACGGAGAAUUUGAAGAUGGCUGAGAAGCAGUUCAUGCGUGCUUGCGAGGACAUUGGCUUCAGUGGGUGUUUGGUGACACUUUGGCGCCAGCUCGACCCGGAGGGCACAGGACACAUCUCUUUGCAUGACAUUGAUCCAGCAACUGCGCUCGCGCUGGCUGACUUUAAGGUCGUGCUAAUGAAGCAGUUUAAUGGCAGCGUGGAGGGUUUCAUGAAGACGGCGGAUUCGAAGAGAGGUCAACGAGCUGGCAGAGAAGAGUUCGUGAAGAUUGUGGAGGAGCACCUCCAGGGCCAGGGCAAGAAACUCUUCGAUCUUCUCUGCCGGACAUCGACGAACACCGUAUCGGUGAGUGAAUUGCGUUUCUUGGAGAAGUGGCGCCCGCCGCGGUACUUCGUCGUACCACCGGACCGCACCCGCAUGGGGCAGUUCAAAUCUGGGCUGGCGGAUGCCCAUGGCAAUGCGCUGAAAGCUUGGUUCAAGAUCUUGGAUACUGACCAGGCAAUGCGGAUAACGGCUGCGCGCUUUCACGCGCAGAUGCUGCGCUACCGGAAGCUGACGGAUGAGGAAGCAGCACAGGUCUGGAGAGCCCUAGACGUGGACUGCUCCGGGCAUUUGUUUUUGAGGAGGUAUCACCCCAAGUCCCACGAGGCGGCCGCAAGCCUAAAGCGCUGGGCCGCGAAACACGGUGGGGUUGCCAAAUUCAUCAGCCGGCUGGAGCCCCCGUCCGGGAAGGUGACGAAGGUCUCCUUCCGCAAGGCUCUCGUUGAUGUCCUCGAAGCACCUGCUGCUGACUUGCUGUUUGAUGGCCUCGAUGUCGGAGACACUGGCCAUUUGACUGAGCAGGUCGAGAGCGCGAACAACCAGCGACGGGCUGAUGCAUUGAAGAGCUCUUCAGAAAACCUCACGCCAGAGACAGAGGUGACGGAAUGUCCUACGGAUCCCGUACGACAUGCAGCUUCCCAGGACUCAGUUCUGGAAAUCGAGAUGCACCAGAAUCCUGAGACGGCCAAGGAGCGGCGAGCUUCUGAGAAGUCCUCCGCCCGGAGUAGUUUUGAAGCAAUCAUGCUUCCCGCCAAGCGCAUCCGCUCGGUGGUACGACCCGCCUCGACCAGUGCCAGGUGGCAGGUGAGAUGUGCAUUUUUUCGACACCAUUUAGGUGAAAUCUUGAACUCGCAACGGUUUGAUACGAUGCUUGGUGUGAUCAUCAUCGCCAACGCAGUGAAUAUCGGAUUGGAGCUGUCUUGGCGGGCACAAGGCCAAGACACGACGAUCUGCAAUGUGCUUGAGCAUUGCUUCCUGGCGAUUUACACCAUAGAGUUGGCGAUGCGAAUGUUGCUAGACUGGCACGUGGUCCUCACCGACGUUUGGGUGCGAUUUGACAUCUUCUUGGUGAGCCUCGGAAUUGUUAGUCAGUGGAUCUUGGAUCCCUUCUUUUCAGACGUCGCGGAGGUCCACACCUUGCUGAUGCUGAGAUGUGCUCGUCUCCUACGCCUUGCCAAGACGGUGAGGUUUUUGAUGCGCUUCAAGGAGCUGUGGAUGCUGGUGCAAGGUUUGGCCAACUCGGCUUACACGAUGGUGUACACUAUUUUGCUCCUCUUCGUCGUUUUGUAUAUUUUUGCCUGCUUGGCACUUCAGCUGCUAUAUCAGCAUCCUAUGAUCGAGCAGGACGAGAUCUUCGCCAAGACGGUCCAGGAGAACUUUAGUGACUUGGCAAGCGCCAUGGUGACGCUCUUGCAGUUUGUCUCCUUCGACAACAUUGUGCACGUGUACAAGCCCCUGGGAGAUCGCGACCCGCUGCUUUUGGCCUACUUCGUUGUGGUCAUUCUGGUCGUGGGCAUCACCAUCAUGAACUUGGUGACUGCUGUGAUCGUGAAUUCCAGUUUGGAGCAGGUGGCCAAAGACAAGAGCCUCCUGCAGACCAUUGAGGAGCAGAACCGCAAGAAGGUCCUUGCAGAUUUGAGGGCCAUGUUCUACCGGAUGGACUAUGAUGGCUCCGGAGAAGUGAGCAGAGAAGAAAUCUGCCGGAUUCCUCCACAUGAGCGACAGGUUCUGCGAGAGCUUACUGGCUUCGAUGAUCCACUGGAGCUCUUCGAUGCUCUGGAUACCGAUGAGAAGGGGGAGAUAGGCAUUGAAGAGUUCUGCGACGGUCUCUGGGAGGUGGCUGUGUCGGACAGCCCGCUGGAGAUCAAACGGAUGCAGAAGCAGGUGGAGCACAUCAAGCACCACCUGUCAAGCUACAUCUCAGACACGGAACACAUCAAGUCGGUGCUGAAGGAAUUGCUGACGACCACGCAGAAGAUGGAAUCAGGUAUGAACUCCAUGAAUUCCUCCGUGAGCCCUUCGUGGUUCUUGGGCCAAGCGCAAGAAGACUUCAACAUGCGACGAGUGCCAUCGAAUCCAGUCCGGCCAGAUGUGGAAGGAGACACACCCAUUGCACCCGUCCCCGGACGACGAAGAUCAAUCACUUCAAAGGCGGCGAACGUGGCGCGGCGCCUGGUGAAACCCUUCGGGGGAGGCAGCCACGCGCGUCCUGAAGAAGAGGUUCCGCUCUGGGCUCUUCGUCUUUCACACGAUGUCCACGAACUACGUCACAUCACUGAGAAUGUGGUCGUCGCUGCGCUGGGGGAGCUAAUGCCACAAACCUCUAGCGAGGUGCGAAGGAGGAGUUUGCAGCCGGCACUGAUCAGAGAAGAGGAGGACGAGGACUUGGACUCUUCCCAUAGUUCAAGCUUCAGAGAUCCAGGCAGCAGACCUUGGACAAAUCCAUUCGAAGAAUCGUCACACAGCAGAGGAGGGAACGAGGAUCAGAGCGUGAUGACUCCGAGUAGCCCGAUGCUGGAACCGAUCCUACAGCCAAGCCCCAUGCAGGUGGAGCCGGAUGGCGCUCCACUCGCCAAAGAACGGACCAUCGUUCCUGUCUGA